CCCAGCCAGGUGCAGCGCGGGCUGUCCCGUGGCGGACGCGGCCGGGAGGAGAGUUCGGGUCUCCUCCUGCCUGUGCUGCAUCCCUGCGCCUUCUCAGCCGGAUGCCCGAGACACUCAGAACCCAGUGAAGCAGCUCGGACACCGGCUGGCCAGAGGCAUCCGGAGCCAUGUCAGAACUUUGAGCGAGGCCUGGUGACAGGGACCGGCCGUCACCCACCAGUCUUCCCAGCUCGGCUUCAAGAUGCUAAGCCUGAAGCUCCCCAGGCUGUUCAGCAUAGAACAGGUGCCCCAGGUGUUCCACGAGCAGGGCAUCCUCUUCGGCUACCGACAUCCACAGAGUUCCGCCACGGCCUGUCUCCUCAGCCUUUUCCAAAUGACCAAUGAGACCCUCAACAUCUGGACGCACUUGUUGCCCUUCUGGUUCUUCAUGUGGAGGUUUGUGGGCACCCUGCGUGUGACGGACGUCCUGAAUGACAGCUACUCCUGGCCUCUGCUCGUGUACAUGGGCGCCAGCUGUGUGUACCCCCUCGCAUCCAGCUGUGCACACACCUUCAGCUCCAUGUCCAGGAACGCCCGGCACAUCUGCUACUUCCUGGACUACGGCGCCGUCAACCUCUUCAGCCUGGGCUCGGCCAUUGCCUACUCUGCCUAUGUGUUCCCGGACGCGCUGGUGAACACCGUCUUCCACGACUACUACGUGGCCCUGGCUGUGCUGAACACCAUCAUUAGCACCGGCCUCUCCUGCUAUUCCAGGUUUCUUGAGGUCCAGAAGCCCAGGCUCUGUAAGAUGCUUCGUGUCCUGGCCUUCGCUUAUCCCUACACCUGGGACUCCCUUCCCAUCUUCUCCAGGCUAUUCCUCUUCCCUGGGGAGAGUGCACAGAACGAAGCCACCUUGUACCAUCAGAAGCACAUGGCCGUGACCCUCCUGGCCUCUUUUCUCUACUCCGCGCAUCUGCCGGAGCGCCUGGCUCCUGGACGCUUCGACUACAUCGGUCAUAGUCACCAGCUGUUUCAUGUGUGUGUGAUCCUAGCCACACACAUGCAGAUGGAAGCCAUCCUUCUGGACAAGACUCUAAGGAAGGAAUGGCUCCUGGCCCACUCCAGGCCCCUGUUGUUCUCUCAGAUAGCCGGAGCCAUACUUCUGUGCCUCAUCUUCAGCCUCAGCAACAUAAUUUAUUUCUCAGCUGCUCUGUAUCGGAUUCCUGAGCCAGAAUUACAUAAAAAAGAAACAUAAUUCAGACCAUAAGCUUUUUGUGCCAAGUGUCAACAUUAAGCUACAACUUCCUAACCACCAUAAGCCAGUGUCAAGGUACCAGUUUAUAGUGGCCUAAAAUAUUUAUAAUGGUUGGUGUCUUGGCAUUUUUGAAUGGAUUCAUGUCAAUAAGGUAUUGACAUGGGGACAUUUCUCUAGACGUGCAUUGGUUCCGUAUGUGUGGUUUUAAAAGGGGAACGUGGGUUCAAGUAAGUCCUUAUUCAGGCAAAUCAUUAAUAUUUCAUUUAGUUUUUAAUUUAUUUAAAGUGAGUUCUCCAAUCCUAUUUAAACAAUUGGAUUAAGCAUACCUCCCUUGUAGCUCUACUAUGAAAUAGUUGGAUUAAGCUUUACGACCCUUGUAGUAUUACUCUUGCAGAAUGCAACGUGCUUCAUCUGAUGAGUUUCAUGUCACAAAGCCUCUCCCAGGAGCUCCCACAGUGGGAAGAGAAUGAGCUGGAAAGGUCAGUAGGGGAACCUGAGAAAGAGUAAGUUGGGUCUGUGGGAGCCCUGGGGGCUGGGAAGGCAAUUCCAGAAUGAAGAAACCUGGCUUGGGGAGCGGUCUUCUUCCUUUCCCCACCUAGUGAAGGGAGUGAACAGAAAGAGAGUCCUCUUUUCCUACAAGUACAUUCUUUUUCACAAUGCAAGGUUCCCACGUCAUGAUAGAUUUGGAUUUUCUUACAAGUCCACAGCCUGUGGCUAAGUGUUAUGUGUUCUGUUUUGCUCUGUUUUCUUGUCACCAGUUUGAUGCUGCCAAGUAUUACGGAGCACAGGAAAAAUGUGUUGCCCAGUGGGCAUUGGCUGAGUCAAUCCCAGUUGGUUGUGCUUGUCUGUCACCUUUUAAGCCAAUGACAUCACGAUAUUUGGGGAGGUUAUACAUUUGAUGUUGCUUCAGCAUUUCAUAUAUGCUGCUGGGUUUCGUGUUCACGUGCAGAGGAUGCUAAAGACCUUGCCAAAGGGAUGGAAACACUUGGUGAGCUUGUGACAGAUGUAGAUUCCCCAGGCAAAUCAGGAGAUGCUGCUUUACUGGUUUAAAAUGUUGGUUUCCUGGAGACAAUCUACACUGGAGAAAGUCCCCCAGGUGAUUCUGAGUCAGGAGGGCCAUGGGCCAAACUUGCAGAAAUGCUGAUGUCACAAACUCCAGAAGGUACUGAGCCUAUCAGCUUUGUUUUGAUUGGUCUAACUUUUAGCAACCCACCACCUAAGAAUGUGUCCCCUGCUUUCUACUCUGUGGAGUAUUACAAAACACUGAGUAUUUUCUCACCUGUUGCAUCACUAAUUAAAGUUCACCGUUUCAUGAUGUUUUCGGAGAGUACAGAAAUGCUGACACAAAACAGUUUUUAACAGAAGCCCAUCACCCCCUGUUGUGCACUUGUCUGAUGACUUAAGGGGCCAUCCAUCACAAUGCGGGAUCCUCUUUUGCUGACUCAGGAGCACCCCCAUAUCUUAGUAUGCUGCCUCUAUGGUUUACUGGCGCAGACACUCGAAUGGCCUUAUAAAUAGAUCAUCGUCCAAUCUUCUGAGGACAAGUAACAAUUUCCAUUGGAUGCGAGUGGUCAAGAAAUAUGAUUUCAUUCGUUUGAUUAUCUGUUUACUUCCUCUGGGGAAGGCACACUGAUAAAAUUAUAUGGGCUGGUAAAUUUGGGGUACAUUCAUUGCCAGCUACAUGACAAAAUUUGUUUUUUUGGCAAGAGGCUGACAUUGUUAGUGGAAUCUUACUCCAGCAGGGUCUGUGGGCUUCCGUUUCAUGUUAUUGUAACUUCAGUCUUAUGGUGAACAAAGGUACAAAGUUUAAAUACUCCAUUCUAGUAGUGCCAAAGGCAUGAAGGCUUUUAAAUUCUCUUGUUUAUAGAGAGUAAAAUAAGGUUCUUCAUUUAGCUCAGAAGUAGUUGAAAGAUAACGGGUGACUAAUUUGAAGGACUUUUAGAUUAUUUAAUUUAAUCUUUGGUUACGUUGCUUUUUCAGCGUGCCUAAUGAUGAAAAUGAAAUGUUAAAUCAACAAAAUAAGACCAGGUGUUUCAUAACGUUUUUAUAAGUUUGGUAAACUUAGUCCCAUCGUAUACUUUUGGACAGUGUUACAAACUGCUGUCUCCAAAGGCAGCGGGGGAGCGACGGGGGAGAGAAUUCCUAAAGAGAUGUAUUUCUUCCCCCUCCUCCUGCUUGAGAAACACUACUAUAAAAUUUGCCAGUCAUUUUUGUUGUGAUAAAACUCAAGAUAUGUUUGAAUGAGGCCAUUUUGUCAAUUGCCCCAGAGUUUCAUUUUCCUUCGCUCAGUUCUUAGAAAGGAACUCUCCCUCUUCUUUCUAAGGACAUGAAUUUGUCAUUGUUGAUUAGAAUUAGAAGUGGGAUGUUUAGAAGCCUUUUGAGUACAAAGUGAUUUAAAUAUUUGGUCUGCUGCAAUCUUUCUCAAAGUGUUUUUUGUGGAAGGAACUCAGCUCCCAGGAGAUGUUCUGAGGAAGGUAGGGUGGGGAGGAAUGAUGCUGUUUUCGGAUGCAUUGGAGAAAACUUUCCUUUGGAUCUGCUGUGUCCCACAUUUGUUGUGGGCAUGGUACCCUUUUUAUAUGAAACAGCUAUUAACACUGUAUAACAACACUUUAUAACAUAUUGUUGAAUGCCAGCCUCUGAUUUUCCAGUCGACAAUCCAUUAUGGAUGAAAAGGCAGAGACCUAUGUCCAAACUCAGAGAUGUUCUUCCAACUUAUACUAAUGUCUGGUUUUCUUAAACUGUGUGGAAGAAAAAAUAAAAUAAAAUGUAUUUAUUAUAGGAAAGUC